GGGGGAGAAAGCUGGGGUUCUGUCAGGUUUCAUUAAGAAAACAAAUGCAGUGGAGAUGAAAUGGAUUAUAAUGAUCAUACUUAAAGAUUUGAAGAUGGGAAUUAGUGAGAAGAGUAUUUUUCAUGAGUUUCAUCCAGACGCUGAAGACCUCUUCAAUGUGACUUGUGACCUUAAGCUUGUUUGUGAAAAGCUGAAAGAUAGGAGUCAGCGGCAUAAACGACAGGAUAUAGAAGUGGGGAAAGCUGUUAGGCCUCAGUUGGCUUUGCGGAUCAGUGACGCUACAACUGCAUGGAGGAAGUUUCAUGGUAAGCAGAUUGUGGCAGAAUGCAAAUUUGAUGGUGAUCGCAUUCAAAUUCAUAGAAAUGGAAAAGAAAUACACUUCUUCUCACGGAAUUUUCUCGACCACACAGAAUAUUUACAGGGAAUGUCUGAUGUUAUUUUGCAAAACAUUUUGGUUGAUAGGUGCAUACUAGAUGGUGAGAUGUUGGUUUGGGAUACUUCCACCAAUCGUUUUGCUGAGUUUGGUUCAAACCAGGAGAUAGCGAAGGCAGCAAUGCAGGGAUUGCAAGGUGAUAGGCAGUUAUGCUAUGUUGCUUUUGAUAUACUAUACGCUGGAGACACUAGCGUUAUUCACCAGAGUUUGACUGAACGGCAUGAGCUGCUUCAUAAGGUUGUAAAACCAUUAAGGGGUCGCUUAGAAAUUUUGGUGCCUAACGAUGGUCUUAACUUACGUCACCCAGUUGGUCAACCAUGCUGGUCUAUUAUUGUCAAUUGUGUAGAAGAGGUUGAAAAGUUUUUUAAAGAAACUGUUGAAAACAGAGAUGAGGGGAUUGUGCUGAAAGACCUUAGUUCAAAAUGGGAACCUGGUGACCGAAGUGGGAAAUGGUUGAAGUUAAAGCCUGAUUACAUACAUGCUGGUGCUGAUCUUGAUGUUCUUAUUAUAGGUGGUUAUUUUGGCUCUGGGCGUCACGGGGGAGAGGUGGCUCAGUUUUUGGUUGGUCUUGCAGAGCGCUCUGAUUCCACAAGUUUUCCCAAAAGGUUCCUUUCCUUCUGUCGGGUGGGUACUGGUCUUACGGAUGAGGAUCUCGACGUUCUCAUUACCAAAUUGAAGCCCCACUUAAGGAAGAAUGAAUACCCUAAAAGAUCGCCGCCUUUUUAUGAAGUAACGAAUAAUUCAAAAGAGAGACCAGAUGUUUGGGUUGAGAGCCCUGAUAAGUCAGUUAUUCUCUCUAUUACUAGUGAUAUCAGAACAAUAAAAUCCGAGGUUUUUGCUGCACCCUACAGUUUGAGGUUUCCACGCAUACAACGUGUGAGAUAUGACAAGCAGUGGCAUGAGUGCCUCGAUGUUGAAUCAUUUAGGGAUUUGGUGCAGUCAAGCAAUGGCACUACACAACGGAGAGUAAAUCAAGGAGCUUUGCAACAACUUAAUGGAAAGCCCAAAAGGAUAGCAAGGAAAGGAGAAAAAAGAAGCAUUUCUGUCAUCACACCCCACUCCAUCCAGGCUGAUGUCUCUGCUGUAAAGAAGACGUUGAUAUUUGCAAAUAUGAUGUUUUAUUUCGUGAAUGUUCCCUCAUCUUCUUCAGUAGAUUAUUUCCACAGACUAGUAAUUGAGAAUGCAGGAAAAUUUUCUAUGAAUCUUAAUGAUACAGUAACUCAUUGCAUCGCAGCUGAGAAAAAAGGCAUUAAAUAUCAAGCAGCCAUACGUCAUGGGGAUAUCAUCCAUUAUUCUUGGUUUUUGGACUGUUGCAAUCAAAAGAAACUUGUGCAUUUACAACCCAAGUACUUUUUGUUUUUUGCUGAUUCUUCCAAGAAGAAGUACCAAGAGGAGAUUGAUGCAUUCUCUGAUUAUUAUUACUGGGAUGUUGACAUUGAAGAUAUAAAACAGAUAUUUUGCAAUAUGAUUGGAUCUGUAAACUCCAACUCCAAAAUGAUUGAGCAUUACAGGAAGAAAUAUCUUCCAGUGAGAAGAAUGGGUCUGUUUCAUGGUUGUUUCAUUUACUUACAUGAAAUGCCUUUUAGGAAUACCGAGUUCAAAGUAAUAUCAGAGCUGGCCAUGAGAAGGAUGAAACUUGAAAUUGCAAUGCAUGGGGGCAAUGUUUGUGACGAUAUGGAACCUGCGACACAUUUAUUAGUCUAUUCAGUGGUUGGAUCACAUGACUUUGAUGAGAUAUAUGAAAGCAUUCCAUCAACUCAGCGCCAUCUUUUACACCAGAGAAAGUUUAAAACGCUUCUGGAUCUGCCCCACCUCAUACUUGUUUUUCCUCUGCUCCUAAGUGCAUUUUACAGACUAUUGAAACACCGAGAACAGAUAUUUUGCAAUAUGAUUGGAUCUGUAAACUCCAACUCCAAAAUGAUUGAGCAUUACAGGAAGAAAUAUCUUCCAGUGAGAAGAAUGGGUCUGUUUCAUGGUUGUUUCAUUUACUUACAUGAAAUGCCUUUUAGGAAUACCGAGUUCAAAGUAAUAUCAGAGCUGGCCAUGAGAAGGAUGAAACUUGAAAUUGCAAUGCAUGGGGGCAAUGUUUGUGACGAUAUGGAACCUGCGACACAUUUAUUAGUCUAUUCAGUGGUUGGAUCACAUGACUUUGAUGAGAUAUAUGAAAGCAUUCCAUCAACUCAGCGCCAUCUUUUACACCAGAGAAAGUUACAUGUACUGGUGCAUAAUUGGUUGCAAGAUUCCUUGGAUAGAAGUGUAAAGUUGCCCGAAAAUGAUUAUAAUAUGAAGCCAGAUUCUUUGGAAGAAUACGCAUUCGAAAAAAAAGACAAUCCGACAUUUCCAGCAAUCAAAUGUGAAGCUGAAGAACAGAACUCUGCCGCAUCUGGAAAGCGAAAAAGAGGAAGGCGACCAGCAGGACAAGCUGGUGUUGUUCGACCAGCUCGCAGACCCACUCGACGAAGUCGUGCGAAGACUGGAAAACAUUCAGCAAAGCUGGGUUCAGAUGAGUCUGAUAGCAUUGACUCCAUGGAAGUAGCUCCAACAGCAUAUGUUAAAGAAAGAGGAGAAACUGAACAAAAAUGGAGAAAAGAAGAGCAUGAAGAACAAUCUGUUAAGACUGAAAGGAAUCAGGAAAUUACAGAUUUGCCUGUAGAAGAGUGUAAUUCUUUGAAUUUAAUGGAUAUUGGAGAUAAAUCAGGGGAUAAAUUGGAGGUGAUGACUGAUCCAAUUCAUGCAAUGCUGUUAGACAUGAUACCCAGUCUUAGCCAAACUCAGAAAAGGCAUGGAGAAGUUGAUCCCAUCCGUGUGGCUGAUGACGAGAAGGCGGUGCAGGCAAGAGAAGAGAAUCAAAACCCGGCGAAGAAGAAAGUGAGCUACAAAGAUGUUGCGGGCGAGCUUCUCAAAGAUUGGUAAUUUGGUGCUAUAGAGCUAGCUAUUGGAGAAAAGUAUCAAAAUGAUUGCCUAGACUCUUUAUAAGGGUACAUUUUAGUCCUAAGCAGUGGAUGAUAUGUUGAUGAUUUCGAGCUCAAAAUAAAGACACCUACAAACUUAGCUCAAACUGCACACUUUAUAUAUUUAUGAUUGUUGUAAUACAAAUUUAUUUAUUGAUUA